GCGCCGCAUCUGUUAUUGUCCCCGCUGCGCGGUUUGCCGAGCCGCUGGAGAGGCGUGCGGGCUCCAUCAUCUCCGUGUACUCCCCACUCGUGGGCGUGGGACGUGGGUUCGCUUGCGGCGUCAUGGCUCAGAGGGCCUUUCCGAAUCCUUAUGCCGAUUAUAACAAGUCGCUGGCCGAAAACUACUUUGAUUCUACUGGGAGGCUGACUCCUGAGUUCUCACAUCGCUUGACCAAUAAGAUCCGAGAGCUCCUUCAGCAAAUGGAGAGAGGCCUAAAGUCUGCAGACCCUCGGGAUGGCACUGGGUACACUGGCUGGGCAGGCAUUGCUGUGCUUUACCUACACCUCCACAAUGUGUUUGGGGACCCAGCCUAUCUACAGAUGGCACACAGCUAUGUAAAGCAAAGCCUCAACUGUCUGAGCAGGCGUUCCAUCACCUUCCUGUGUGGCGAUGCGGGCCCCCUGGCUGUGGCUGCUGUGCUGUACCACAAGAUGAACAGUGAGAAGCAGGCCGAGGAGUGCAUCACACGGCUCAUUCACCUAAAUAAGAUUGAUCCCCACGUACCAAAUGAAAUGCUCUAUGGCCGCAUAGGCUACAUCUUUGCUCUGCUUUUUGUCAAUAAGAACUUUGGAGAGGAGAAGAUUCCUCAGAGCCAUAUUCAGCAGAUUUGUGAAACCAUCUUAACCUCUGGGGAAAACCUAUCUAGAAAGAGAAACUUUGCGGCAAAGUCUCCACUGAUGUAUGAGUGGUACCAGGAAUAUUACGUGGGGGCCGCUCAUGGCUUGGCGGGCAUUUAUUACUACCUGAUGCAGCCCAGCCUUCAGGUGAACCAAGGAAAGUUGCAUAGUUUGGUGAAGCCCAGUGUAGACUUUGUCUGCCGGCUGAAGUUUCCUUCCGGCAAUUACCCUCCAUGUUUGGAUGAUACCAGAGACCUGCUUGUCCAUUGGUGCCACGGUGCUCCUGGGGUCAUCUAUAUGCUCAUCCAAGCAUACAAGGUGUUCAAAGAGGAGCGUUACCUGUGUGAUGCCCAGCAGUGUGCUGACGUGAUCUGGCAGCACGGGCUACUGAAGAAGGGCUACGGGCUGUGCCAUGGUGCUGCAGGGAAUGCCUACGCUUUCCUGGCACUCUACAACCUCACACAGGAUGUGAAGUAUCUGUACAGGGCCUGCAAGUUUGCUGAGUGGUGCUUAGACUACGGGGAGCAUGGAUGCAGGACAGCAGACACCCCCUUCUCCCUCUUUGAAGGGAUGGCUGGAACAAUAUAUUUCUUGGCUGACCUGUUAGUCCCCACAAAGGCCAAGUUCCCUGCAUUUGAACUCUGAAAAGAAAGCAUGUCUCCUGCCGCUUACAGCAUGACUCUGUGUAUCACUCUGGGCUUCUUAUUUCCCUUACUUUUGAAGGAAGCAGAAUGAAACUGUGUACUUUGAAGUA